AUGCGCAAGCGGUUUGUUCCUAGCUACUACAAUCGUGAUCUCCACUCUAAGCUGCAAACACUCACGCAAGGCAACAUGAGUGUGGAGGAUUACCACAAAGAAAUCGAGAUGACCAUGAUGAGGGCCAACAUUCAAGAAGACAAUGAAGCCACAAUGGCUAGGUUUCUUAGGGGUCUCAACCCUAACCUUCAGGAUGCCUUGGAGCUUCAACAUUACUUGGACAUGCACGACCUUCUAGAACUCGCCAUUAAGGCCGAACGGGGGAAGAAAUUAAGACGGGGAGCCCGUACUUUCCAACCUUCCACCACCACCUCAUGGAAAGGCAACCAACCACGAAGAGUGACCCACGAAGCUGGAAAUGCAACAACAUCAAACUAUUCUAACCGUUUCCAAGGUAAUGCUUCUACCCGUAAUGCCUAUUCUACACCUAACAAGGUUUCUGAUGUGUCCAGGAAUUUGAGGAUGUUUUCCCUGACGAGGUCCCUGAUGGCCUACCACCCAUUCGGGGCAUUGAACACCAAAUCGACUCGUUCCUGGAGCACCGUUACCAACAAACCUGCCUACCGCAUGGGCCCCGAGGAGACCAAGGAGCUUCAAAGGCAAGUAGAUGGCCUGUUAGGUAAGGGAUGGGUGAAGGAGAGUCUAAGUCCCUGCGCUGUGCCUGUGGUCCUUGUCCCCAAAAAGGAUGGCACUUGGCGCAUGUGCACUGACUGCCGGGCUGUAAUGCUAUCACUUCGCAGUGAGCAUGAGCACCUGGAGCAUGUAAGAUUAGUCCUCGAGGCACUUCGACAGGCGCGUCUGUACGCUAACCUCAAAAAGUGCACCUUUUGUACUAACGAGCUUGUGUUUCUAGGCUAUGUUGUGAGUUCGCAGGGCAUCAAGGUGGACAAGUCCAAGAUCGAGGGCCAUCGAGCAAUGGCCAACCCCUACAUCCGUUCCUGA